AUGCUCCAGUCACGCACGCGAGCUAUCAAUGCUCUCAACCGCACCCGCUGCUUUUCCACAACACCACACAAAGCUGCCGUCUCGCCCUUCCGCAGGCCUGCCCAGGCCCUCACUGCCAAUGCCGCCUCCCAGGAUGCAAAGCGAACACAGAGCACUGCCGCCGCCGGCACACAAUCACAACCGCGCUCAAGACCAUCGCCUGCCUUCAACCGCGACGACUAUGACAGUGUCCAGCCAUUGAAGCAGUACCGCUCGCCUGCAAUGGACCACUCGUUCGUUGGCAUGACUGGCGGCCAGAUUUUCCACGAGAUGAUGCUCCGUCAGGGCGUCAAGCACAUCUUUGGAUACCCGGGCGGCGCCAUUCUCCCCGUUUUCGAUGCCAUUUACCAGUCCAAACACUUUGACUUUAUCCUCCCACGACAUGAACAGGGCGCAGGCCAUAUGGCCGAGGGUUAUGCUCGCGCAAGUGGCAAGCCUGGUGUUGUCCUCGUCACCUCUGGCCCUGGCGCCACAAAUGUCGUCACACCCAUGCAGGAUGCCCUCAUGGACGGAACCCCUCUCGUUGUUUUCUGCGGUCAGGUCGUCACCAGCGCAAUUGGCUCAGACGCUUUCCAGGAAGCCGAUAUGGUCGGCAUCACAAGGCCCUGCACAAAGUGGAAUGUCCUCGUCAAGAACAUUGCCGAGCUACCAAGGAGAAUUAACGAGGCUUUCGAGAUUGCCACCAGCGGCCGCCCAGGACCUGUUCUUGUCGACUUGCCCAAAGAUGUCACUGCUAGCGUUCUCCAAAGAGCCAUCCCCAUGAGCAGCACCCUCCCCACCACCGUCAGUGCCGCCACCAUUGCCGCAAGGGAAUUGAGCAAGCAGCAGUUGGACCAGUCCAUUAGGAGAUCUGCCGACCUGAUCAACAAGGCCAAGAAGCCCGUCAUCUACGCUGGCCAGGGUAUCUUGCAAACAGAAGACGGCCCUCGCCUUCUCAAGGAACUCGCUGAAAAGGUUACCAUACCCGUCACCACCACUCUCCAAGGCCUCGGAGGUUUCGACGAGCUCGACCCCAAGUCCCUGCACAUGCUGGGUAUGCACGGCUCAGCCUAUGCCAACAUGGCUAUGCAGGAAGCCGACCUCAUUCUCGCUCUUGGCGCCCGUUUCGACGACCGCAUUACCGGUGCCAUCUCCAAGUUCGCUCCUGCUGCCAAGGCUGCUGCAGCCGAGGGCCGUGGAGGAAUCAUUCACUUUGAAAUUAUGCCAAAGAACAUCAACAAGGUCGUACAAGCGACUGAGGCUGUUGAGGGAGAUCUUGGCACAAAUUUGAAGCAGCUCCUGCCUCUAGUAAACAAGGUUGAUGACCGUCCCGAGUGGAUGGGCCAAAUUGCCGAAUGGAAGAAGCGCUUCCCUUGGGCUUACGAGAAGGAGGGCGAGAAUGGGUUGAUCAAGCCUCAGACUGUCAUGGAGAAGCUUUCAGAUCUCACAGCCGAUCGCAAGGAACAAACCAUUCUUACUACCGGUGUUGGUCAGCAUCAAAUGUGGUGCGCUCAGCACUACCGAUGGCGGUACCCGCGUACCAUGAUCACCUCGGGUGGUCUCGGUACUAUGGGUUAUGGUCUGCCAGCCGCCAUUGGUGCCAAGGUUGCACGACCAGACUGCACAGUCAUCGACAUCGACGGCGACUCUUCCUUUAGCAUGACUCUAACUGAACUCUCCACCGCGGCUGAAUUUAACAUUGGUGUCAAGGUCAUUAUCCUUAAUAAUGAGGAGCAGGGCAUGGUCACACAAUGGCAAACCCUCUUCUACACUGACCGUUUCUCCCACACUCACCAACGUAACGCCGACUUUGUCAAGCUCGGUGACGCCAUGGGUGUUCAGGCCAAGCGCUGCAUGAAAAUCGACGAGCUGGAGGAUUCGCUCAAGUGGCUGCUCGAUACCGAAGGUCCAGCCCUGCUGGAGAUUGUGACGGACCAAAAGGUGCCUGUUCUGCCCAUGGUCCCCGCUGGCAGUGCACUACAUGAGUUUUUGGUAUACGACGAGAAAACGGCGAAAGAGCGCAGAGCUCAAACAAAGGCGAGAUCGGGUCGCUGA